ACAUGAUCUGCUGUGCUCCUCUCCUGAGGGUCUGUUGUCUUGUGAUGCUGGCUUUCUUCGGACAGGCUUCAGGGACAGUCGGCCAAGAAUUCCUACUAUCACCUCCUCAAAAUCUGACGCUUGUGUCGAAGGAUUUCCAUCUGUUCUUGACAUGGCUGCCAGCUUCCGAUGACCUUCGUGGAGUAACCUACACUGUUCAAUGGAUUGAGCCUUACAGACUUCAAUGGGAUGACGUCUUGCACUGUAGGGACAUCUCCGAAACAGUCUGCAACGUAACUUGCGUGUCUCCAGAACUGGACAACAGAUACUCAGUCCAAGUGAAAGCUCAGAUGAAGAAUAGCACUGGGAUGGCCUCUUCCAAAUGGGUGGAACUGAAUAAUAUUGACUACACUGUUAAUGUGGAACUUGCUCCCCCAAUUCUGCAACUGAAAAAGACUGAAAAUGCUCUUGAUGUGAACAUUGCUUCCUCCUACCCAUCCUGUGCAAAGGCCACAUUUCAAGACCUGACCUAUGACUUGGAGUAUGGCAUCGAUGGAGCAGGGAAACCAAGGAACUACACUGAGAUCAAGAAGAAUGUUCUGGGCUUCGACACAACACACUGGAGCAGCGGCAGAUACUGCUUCCGUGCCCGUGCCUUCGUGAGUGAAAAAUGGAGCAACUACUCGAAACCAGUUUGCACUCUCUUGCAUGAAAAAGCAGAAAACUGGGUCUUUGUUGCUGUUCCAUUGCUCCUCAUGCCCCCUGCUGGUGCCUUUAUUGCCUUCUGCUGCUACAGAAACAUGAAUAAUCAAAUCAAGAUGCCUCAAGCUUUGGAUUUUUCCAAAGGCCCAACAAAGUUGCUGUUAAUUGGCGAAAGGGAAUCAAUCAAGUUGGAUCCCUUAACAUGUACAGGAGCACUUGUGGAAUCAGGAAGAAGGAAUAAGACUGUCCCCCAGAUACACUCAGCACCAAGUCCUUCUGUGCCGUCAGAAGAAAGUGAGGAAGAUGAGGAAGAUGACGAUAGCGGAAGCCCCAUACACUACACGGAAGUGCUUCGAUUCCAGAAGAAAAGCUUGAACUGCCAAAUGGCCAGCAUGUGCCUGGAAGCACCUCUGCCAUCUUCUGUCUAUGGAAGUUCUCAGUCAGGUUUGCCAGAUUUAACGGUGCCAGGGGUCCCUGCUUCAACAGAGUGGGUGACAGGGGAGUCUUCUUCUGGGUUCCAAGAGAAUGAGGGGACCUCAAGUUCUGAGAGUUCCUCUGUGGAGGAAUCCCUUGGGUUUCUAGUUGGCUUUCCAACUGCUGGAGGAAAAGGAUGGGAUGAGGAUAUAAACUUCUCAUCAGUAUUGAUAGAAGGUCUUAGCAUUAACCUUCCCACUGGGAAGCAAUUCACACCUGUGCGAGGUCAUCCUGAAGAAAACUGUGCAAGCCUGGAGGACUUGAAGAUACCUCUCUUUGGGAUGCUAGGCAACCAGGACUCCUGUGGGCUCCAUUUUGAGGAGCAGUUUGUAGACGGAAGAGGUUCUGAAAAGGACUCCAGUGGUUGUGGAAGUCUCGUGGAUGAAAUACCUCUUCUGGAGCUGCCUUGUAGGGGAGCCUUAGAACCUGGGCUGCUUGGAGAAAACAGAGACUUGGAAUCAGGCCGUACUCCAGAACCCAAAUUCCAUGGGUAUUGGCCGAGGCACACACAUUAUAUUGCAAGAACCUGAUUUGGAUGCCCUGAAAUGGAUUUCCCUAGUCAUAGAAUCUUAGGAUCACAGCCGUUUCACCAGUACCAGGGUGGUGAACUUUGCACUGAAAUAUCUGAAUUCUACAAUAGGGAAGUUAACCAUUAUACAGAAUCCAAUUCAGUCCAAGCUCAUGUUGUUUUCUUUAAUCCUCGCCCCCCCCCAUCCCUUAAUGAACAAGGUGUGGGAAGAGAAAGGUGCCUCCCGCUUCAGAGUUUUAGCCCCACACUGUAGCAAAAGCUUCUACAUUGGCUCCAGGGGCCAGCUCAGCAGUCACAAAGAAAGCCAGGAGAAUAAAUGUGUUAAUUUACAGUGCAAUAUGUCAUGGGCACAGGGUGGCACUGUCAAUUCAAUAAAUAGAUCUACGUCUUAAAUUCCAUUGUUGGAACUAAAAAAAAAUCCUCUCUGCUGAGCACAAGAGGCCUUCUGAAGUCCCAAGCUGUUGUAAGUGUUCUAAAUGCAUUUGUUAAUUUAUAUUGUUAAUAUAUUGUUAGAUGUGCAUACAUACCUCAUAUAUUUAUCAAUCUGGUGCCCCAGAUAUUUCGGACAGUUCCCAUUUAGACUACAGUUCCCAUCAGCCCCAGCCAGGGUUGUGUUGGUGGGGCCACUGAUAGUUGUGAACCAAAACAUUUGCAAGGCAACAGGUUGGCAAAGACUCUUGCGCAGAGUUUACCAUGCACUGUCGCCCUCUGGUGGUGACAGCCGGCCCUACAGGCUGCUGAAUCUUGCGAACCUUGCCUUGAGACUGGCAGCUAGCUUUGCCAAGAAGCUUUGCUCUGAAGGUACAACGGUCCAAACCAACAAAUCCAGCCAUUGUUCUUUCUGACAACCUCGUCUCCUAUCCUCUUCCACAUUACCUGAAGCAGGUUAGCGAUUGGGAUGGGGAUAAUGUGCGGCAGGUACCUGGAGGGAAGGCUCCUUUCCCUUGCGUCUUUCUCCCUCCAGCCCCAGCUCUUUAAAAGGAGGUGGAGGGAGAGAGGAGGUUGGUAAAUGGAGAUCAAGAUUGAGGUCAACCUCAUAUGGGCAGGUUUGAUCUGGAGUCCUCCUGGUGUUCAUCCCUCUUUGGACAGAUAGAAAGUUUUAUUUGGAUUAUAAUAAAAGCAAUACAGCCUUCUGCUCCCUUCCCUUUUCCUUCCUUUCCUCGUGCCUUCUUGUUGUUACAGCCUUUUCGCUUCUGAUGUGCAGUUGUUUUGACAUGUUUAUACAGUGUUGGGGCACACAUGCUCAGAUAAGGGUUAGGAAAAAUGAGCGUCACUGCUCUCCUUGAACCCCAAAUUAAGAUCCGUUAAGCCGGAGACGUUUCCAUAACUGUGUUGUGCCUCCCACUUUUCGAGACAUGAAUAUUAUGUUCAAGGACAUCGGGGGCUAGUUCUUUGCAAUUAUUCUAUGAUUCCUCCAGAGAAAACAAACCUACCUCAUCCAAAGCUGCUUCGCACCUUCCC